AUGAAGCUCUCCCUUUCUCUUGCAGUAAUCGCUGCUCUACUUCCCCAGGCACUCGGUAUCAGUCGCUGGGAUACCUGCGGUGGCGGAGGUGUGACCACUGGAAAGUGCGACGACGGACUUGUCUGCGUCGAGCUUAGUGAAUACUACUACCAAUGCCUCAAGCUCGCUCCUCCCUACUCUCCUACGUCGACAUCGACAUCGACAUCGACAUCGACACGUACAACGAGCACUACGUUGUCGUCGUCUACGAGCACCCUGAGCUCGAGCAGCUCUACCUCGACUUCUCAAUCAACUUCUACAAGCAUCUCGACGACGACUACGUCCAGUACAAGUUCUUCGACGUCCGCAACAUCGACAUAUGUCUGCCCCGGUGCCAAGAAGUUCAAGUACUUCGGAGUCAAUGAAAGCAGCGCAGAGUUUGGAUCUGCAGUUCCAGGAACGUUGAACAAGGAUUAUACUUGGCCAUCGCCAUCGUCUGUAGACUACUUCUUGGGCAAGGGCAUGAACUUCUUCCGUAUCCCCUUUAUGAUGGAGCGCAUGUCGCCACCCGCAACUGGCCUCACCGGCCCGGUGGAUACGCCGCACUUGACUCACAACUAUGCCCGUUACAACGGCUCGGUCAUCACGGAUGUCUCGCUAUUCAAGACGUGGUGGAAGAAUAUGGCCACUGAAUUCCUUACCAAUGACCAUGUCAUCUUUGACUUGAACAACGAGCCAUGGGGGAUCCCUGCCACGGACGCCGCCGCACUCAUGCAAGCCGGUCUCGACGGUGUUCGCGCCGCUGGUGCCACCCAGUCCGUCUUCGUCCAGGGAACUAGCUGGACUGGAGCUUGGUCUUGGGAGUCCUCGGGCAACGGCGACGCCUUCAAGACUAUUUCUGAUCCAUUGAACAACGUUGUCAUCGAGAUGCACCAGUAUCUUGAUACUGAUGGUUCUGGAACCAACUCCACUUGCGUUAGCCCGACCGUCGGUGCCGAACGUCUCCAAGUUGCGACCAACUGGCUCAAGGCAAAUAACAAGAAGGGAUUCAUCGGAGAGUUGGGUGCCGGUUCGAAUAACGACUGUAUCUCUGCUAUCCGCGGAGCGCUUUGCUUGAUGCAAACAUCCGAUGUCUGGAUCGGCUUUGCUUGGUGGGCUGCUGGACCAUGGUGGGGAAAUUACUACCAAUCCAUCGAGCCGCCGUCGGGUCCUGCCAUCGCCCGUAUCCUUCCCGAAGCACUGCUUCCUUUCGCAUAA